AUGUCUAAUCCUCUUAUAUAUGGAGUUGAAUUUCAAGUAAUUAACAAUAAUGUAUCAAUAAGAAUUGCUAUCGUAUUUAAUUGGAUUAAACGUAUAUUUUUAGGCAAGAUCUUUAUGUUCAUUGCAUGCUGAUAUGGAUCAAGUCAGUUUUUUAAUUGGAACACAGUCAUUGAAUACAACUAAUAAUCAAGUGCAUCUCGUUAAACUACAAGAAAAGACAAAUACACUUUCUUCACAUGUAUGUAUUAAUAGAUAUAGUUAAUCACAAACAGUAAUCUUAAAAAAAAAAUUGAAGACAAUAAUAAUAAUUUAAGAAGAUAUUGUAGCAAGAAUUUUUAUUUUUGUUCAUCACCCAAGUAAAAUAUUUAUUUAAAAGUACCUAGACAUUUGUUCUUUUAUUUAGUUAAACAAUUUCUAUAAAAUGAAUAAAUACCAUUUUUGAAAUAUAAUGUAUUAGUAUUUUCGGUAGACAAUUAGUCUCUUCAAAAAUACCUUGUUUACAGAUUAUAACUCCCCUUAAUAAUUCUUUACACGGUCAAUUUUUAGCUCAUUUUUUUAUCAAAUUUUUGAUAUCCGAAUCUAAAUAUCAAACUAUUGAGUUCUUUUAAGAUAAAAAUUCUGAUUAAUUAUAAAUAUAAUAUACUGGUUGUCGAAUGUUCAAUGAUAAGGUGGCCAUCAAAUGCUCUUAUCAAAAAGCAUGAUUUUUUAAUAUUGUCAAAAAGUACACUGAUAUCUGGCGCCAUCUGCUAUAUUAUUUAUUAAAACAAAUGAUCUGUGUUUAUAAUCAGAUCAUAUCUCAGUCUUAGAAGUUCUAAGAUCGCGCAUCAUAUUAUGUAUUAUGUACAUAAUCCAAGUGUACCUCAUGGCUUAUAGAUAAAUUAUAAUAUUUAUAUCAUAGAUACCAACGUGGAUUAAUAUUAAUUAAUAUUAAAUGAAUAUAUAAUAAAUGAACUACCUUCAUAGAUACAUCUUAAAUCAUGACAUAGAUCUAUAAUCUGAUUGUUAGUGACACAUUGUAAUAAUUAAAUUAAAUUAAUUAUAUGUAUUAUUAUGAAAAUGUUUUAAUUACUUAUUAUAGGAACUAGGUAGUUGGUAUUAUCUUUUCAAAAUUGAGAUAAAUAGUAGCCCUAAAUUAUAACAGAUCAACAUUUGUAUCUUAUUUUAUCCUAUUGAAAAAAAAAUGUUGAUGGGGGGCUGAUUGUCUGCAUACAGCGCUUUUUCACAGGUAAUUGUCCUGGUACUAGAAUUUUCUUAUAUUAAAUAAAGUAAUAUUACAUUCUAGAUUAUAUUAGGUUAGAUUACACACUUACAUUUUUACAUCAUAGGUCUCAUAGGUUAUGGUCAGUUAUAUUUCUUAGUUGAAUCAAUAAUUUAAAUUAUGCUUUUUAAAUCUUCCUUGCCAAUUAUUUAUAAAUUAUUGCAUUAAAUAAUAAUUAUUGAUGACAUUUGACCUUUUUAUGGGGGUGGAUUUCAUAAGAUAAAUAAUAUAACAAUUUGACAAUAUAGUAAAUAAUUUACUUAAUUUCAGAUAUAUGAGCAUAGUGUUGGUGAAAUAUGGUCUUUGACAGCUUCUCCAAUGGACAAACGAUUAAUAUCUUCUUGUUAUGCAAGCAUAGAAAGAGAUUGUGAAAAAUGUACAGCAUUGUGGCGUCUACCAGAAAAUGAUGGCCAUUUAGAAAAUGUCCUAAAUUUCCCUUCAGAAAAGUAUGGUACUGAUGUUAAGGUAUUAAAUGUUUAAAUUUGUUAUUUCUUUAUUUCUUAAUAAUUAAUCUUUUACUUAUUUUUAUUAGGUAACCACAUUUCAUCCAACAAAUGAAACUUACAUGGCAUCUGUUGUUGAUAAUAAUAUAGUUAUGUGGGAUAUUGGUGAAAGUGGAGUAAAAGUUAUUUGUAACGCGGUAUUAGAUGGUAAAGGUAUGCAAUUUUGUUAUUUUUUUUUAACGGUAAAACAUAAUCCGUACAAGUAAAGUUACCUACAAAAUAUUUUGAAUGAUUAAUUACUAAUAAUCUGUUAAACAAAUGGUUAUUAUUGUAUUAUCAUAGUUUAUUUUAUUUUACGAUUGUUUUAUAGGUCAACCAAGAUUUACUACCGGCAAAUGGAAUCCACAAAGUGUUAAUCUACAGUUUGUAACAGCUGAUGAUUGUAAUAUAAAAGCUUGGGAUUUAAGAUCACAAGCCAAAAUUGCAUGGAGUUUAGAUGGAGUUCAUACUCAAGUUAUUAGGUAAAAUUAAAAAGCAUUUAUUCUUUUUUUUUAACUACAAUUUUGCCAUGUAGUAUUUAAAUAAAAGAUUUCAGACUAAUAGUAUUUUAUUUAUUAUAUUUUUCGAAAAUUAAUUUUAAUUUUCUUAAUAUUGAGAAAAACUAUGUUUUCAUCAGUCUCUAAUGAUAUUAAUAUUUGUUACAAUAACCAUUUAACCUUAAUUAAUCUUUAAAGUUAUUUUUCGGAUUGCAAUGAUUUAAUCUAGCAUCAGUAAAUAAACUAAAUUACAUAUUUCAAACUGCCCACCUAUACUACUGGCCUACACAUAGUGGUCACAAAGCAUAUCAGCAUUAUUUUUAUAAAUGAAACUGCACAAUAAAAAAAAAUAAUAAUAUAAAGUGAAAAUUAUAAACUUUAUAUUUAGUUUAGUGACUAAAUUUAUUUUUAUUUGACUGAUAUUUUUUUUUAAAUUCAAAAUAGAAUUUGAAUAAUAUAUUUUAAUGAAGUACCUUAUGUUAAGUUGAACAUUUUGAUUGCAGUUGCAAUUUUUUUUUAACAUUUAUAAGCUUUUUUUACUGACUUAUAAAUGUAUGAUACUUAUAUUUCUAAUAUUAUUUAUUAUUACUACCUAUACUUAAUGACAUUGUAUAAACUAUUAGACCAUUUCUUUUUAAAAUAUGAUAAAUUACAAUAUACAAGGAAUUUGUAGAAUAUUAUAAGGCUGUACCAAUUUAUGAUGUACUGAUUUUUUUAAAUCAUAUUUUUAUAGAUUUAUUAAUUUGUUCAAUAUUGAUUACAUUUUAGAGAUUUUGAUUUCAAUCCAAAUCGUCAGUAUUAUUUGGCUACAUGUGGAGAUGAUGGAUAUUCUAAGUUCUGGGAUAUACGUAAUUCUAGUCAACCCUUAAUAUCUCGUGCUGAUCAUUCUCAUUGGAUUUGGUCACUUAGGUAAAAAAAUAUAUCUAUAUACUUAAACAUUCAACAAUUUAUACAAUGAGUUAUAAUUUACCAAUUACUUAAGUUAAAUAACAAUUAAAAUUAUUGGUAUUUUCAACCAUAAUGUAAAUCUAACUUUGUGGAAUCGAUAAAAUAUAUUUUCAUUUGGAAUUUUAUUGAUAUGUUAUCAAUUUGCCUUUUAAUUUGUAUUAGACUUUGAAGUUUAAUUAGUUAAAAAGCAAUUGGAAUGCAUUAUUGUUGUAGACAAAAAAACUGUUAAAAUAUGAAUUUUUUUUUUAUUUUUACCUUCAAAAAAAAAAAAAAAACUCAAUUCACUCAAAUAUGCAAAAAUAUGUAAAUCAAAAUGUUAAUGAUUUCUAACUAGUAUAGUUCAUAAAGAUUAUUGUCAACACAACACAAAUACAGAAAGGAAAAACACUAAUUUCAUAUUAUACUUAUCUUAUACACUUGCACGUAUUAAGCGCCACUAUGAAUUUCCCCCAAUGACUCCUAUGAAUAAGAUUCCAAUUUUAAAAAUCCUAAUAAAUUCUUUUAUUAUAAAUAGUUUUUAAUAUUUUUAUAAUAAUAUUUGUGGUUAAAUAUUUUUUACCUGACUGCAAAAUGGGUAUAUGAAGCUUUAAAUUUCAUGAUUUAUUAACCAAUUUGAAUAAUAUUCAAAUUAAAAUUUGAAAUAUUUAAUUAAAUUGACGAAACUUCAUUUUUUUAUGAAAUUUGAUUUGUUAGGCCUGAUCAUUAUGUUUGUUAUAAUUUAGUUGUAUUCUAAUAUAUUAUUUAUAUUCAAAGGUAUAACCCAGUGCAUGACGAAUUAAUUGGAACAGCUUCAAGUGAUGGCCAAGUCCUUAUUACACGUUUAGUUGGAAUUUCUUCUUCAGCGAUUGAAAAUGAAGACAUCAAAACAAAAACUUCUGUUGAAGAUAAAAUUGUAGCUACGUGUGAUCAGCAUGAAGAUUCUGUAUAUUGUGUUGAGUGGUCAGCUACAGAUUCAUGGAUAUUAGCUUCUCUCAGCUAUGAUGGUCGUUUAUUGCUUAACAAAGUACCCAAAGACGAACAGUUAAGAAUUCUAUUGUAA